CUCGACAACUACUAACUAACCCAAUCAAAACUACAGAAAAAAAACAUCGUAUUGAAAAGCAGAAACUUACAAAACUGCCGUAUUUAUCUCGUUGUCGUUUUGGUUUAAUUUUUUUUUGUGGCUGUUCUUUUUCUAUAAUGGAUGCACCACUUGACCACGAGGACGGGGAUCGCGAUGAUGAGCUGCGGAUCAAUCGUGUUGGUGAUGCGGGGGCUGGAGAUGCUGGCGAUGAUGGGGACCAAGGACAUCAACAUCAGUUACGGGGAAUCAAUCGUGAGACGGCCAUACUCCUGGACGCUCCUAAUGAGCCGCCCAUGGCUGAGUUUCCGGCCAGAGGAAGACCGGAUGAACCGCCGCGUCUGCGCAAAAAGCGAAGCUUCUACACAAUUGUCAAACCGUCGCCAUCAUCGCAAAGCCAGGAGCCGGAAAUGUGCCCGCUGAUGGCAAAUGUCACGAGGGCGAUGCAUCAAGUUCCGGAGGAACAUCGUGACGAGUACUUUGCCAAUUACUUGGUCGAGAACAUGACGAGUGAGAACUAUCCCAAUGGUGUGGGUCUGCCACAACGCUGGGGUCAGUUCUGAUGCGCCAUGGCUUGUUCACGGAUCAGAAGAACCUCUUCGGAGCCUCAUGAAGAUCGAGAGGUCUAAUCGGGAUCCUGUAAUCCCAUAUACACAUCCACCAAUAUCCAUAUCCACAACCACUCAUAUCCAUAUCCACAACACUCAAAUAUUGUCCCUUCUCCUCGACUACACUUGUAUAGGACGUGCAUAGGACUUGAAAAUGUUCGCGUUUCAAUUAUGUUUAAUAAACCACACUAUUUAGCAAACUUACAUUUUCAUAUUUGGUUUUUUACGUUACUGUUUUCAAAAUUCUCUUAAUUUGUCACAAAAAAAAACACUUUUAAAUUUAAACUUAAAUUUAAGAAAACACUCGUUAUCCUUUAA